AUCCGAAUGUAGUCAUAUCUUGUGUUAAGAGUGGCAAGCUAUGAUGUGGCACCUAGGCUGGAGUUGUUGUGUUGUUGUCCGUCUAAAAAAGGGCUCGACUUGUUCAUUCAGCUCCAGAUCUGAAGUCGCUUCGAUUCACACAAUUGAGCCGGUUUAUGGAAAUACAUAAGAGUAAAAGACACUUUGACACACUUUGGUGAGAUAAUAACUGUUAUCCGUGUGGUCUUGUCCUUCAUCCUUGUUCUUCAUCCUGUGGCGUUAUCGGAAUAGAUGGGGGGGGGUUACGUUGUACGCGCAUGCGCAGUGCCUCGCCACACUGCCCGCGCCGGUGGUGAAUCGAAUGCGAGGGGGAGAAAUUCAACUGCGUGAUCUGGAGGAGACAGGCGGAGGCGGCGGUACCUGCACUCUGAAGGGAUUACAUGACACAAUUUUACACCCAGCCGGACGCAGAGUGACUGGAGAACAGGAAGGCAGCCUUGAUGUGGGCAGUAUGAGUAAGACGCCCCCUAACAGAAGAGGGAUUACAUUUGAGGUGGGAGCUCAGCUCGAGGCCAGAGACAGCCUCAAAAACUGGUAUGCUGCCAACAUAGAGAAGAUUGAUUACGAAGAUGAAAAAGUGCUAAUCCAUUACCGCCAGUGGAGCCACCGUUACGACGAGUGGUUUGACUGGACAAGUCCCUACCUGAGACCCGUGGAGAGGGUUCAGCUGAGGCGGCAGGGCCUGAACGACGACGCUCCUAUACCUGGCUUCCAUGUGAAUGACAAGGUCUUGGCCAGCUGGUCUGACUGCCGUUUCUACCCCGCUAAGGUCAUUUCAGUCAAUAAAGAUGCAUCCUACACUGUGAAGUUCUACGAUGGUGUCAUCCAGACAGUGAAGGGAAUACAUGUGAAGCCGUUUAUUAAGGAGGUAAAUAGAGGCAGUGCUAGUGGCGGCAAGUCGCGGUCCUCUGAAAGGAACAUGGUUAGGAGGGCCCCGAACCGCAGAGAAAGGAGGCCCCAGGAGAACGGAGGGCCCAAAAACAAACGAGCCAGACGAAGCACCUCCGACCAGGAGGAGGACAGCAACAGUGAGGAUGAGGAGCACGAAGGGGGGAUGGUAAAUGAGAAGAACAAGAAGGCGAACAUCGAGGUAGAAGCUGCCCCCACUAUCAAACAGGAAGAGGAAAUAUCAGAGCAAGGAGAUCAGAGCAAGUGCAGGGAUGCGGAAAAGGGGACAGGACUCACGAAUGGAGUGAAGGGGGAGGAAGAUGCUGAAGACAGGUGUCAUGUAAAUGGAGAGGUGAAGGAGGAGCCGCUGGAAACGGAACAGAGAGGAACAAAGCCAUAUACAGAGUCACCCAAGCCAUACACUGAGUUACCCACUCAGACGUCAGCAAAGACGGAGCGUACGUCCGUCACUAUGACAACCACAGAAUCGAAUGGGGAGGUGGAGACGAAACCAAUCAUUAAAUCAGAAGGCUCUCAGCCCACAGUGGAGGUGCCGCCUCCCCAGCCUGCGAAACCUGUAAGGAAGCAAGGCUUCCACAACCCCAACAGAUUCAGCAGAGAACCACUGUACCGAGUUAUCAAAAACCAGCCUCCACCCGUCCUGUCCAUCAACCUCGACCACAACCCGUUUAAGUGCAGCGCUCCUGGCUGCACAAAAUCAUUCCGUAAGGCUAAGCUGCUACACUACCAUAUGAAAUAUUACCACGGCGAGGAACAGCCUCUGGAGGAGGAGCGCAGCCCCACCAGGAGCGUCCAGACCAGGGCCUCCGAGAAACAGACUACUGCCACCGGUUUGGACGGCCCGAAGAGAAGACGCACCAUCUCGGCCUCUAUGAACUCUGUUGGAGGUGCGGCGGCUCCCCGUGGUGAGGUAAAGACAGCAGGCAGACGCACAUCGGCCCCUCCAACAGUCAACAGCCCGGGCCAUCAGCACCGGGCCCUGCUGAGGGAGAAGAGCAAGGAGAACCAGCUGGACAGGAACGGAUGCCAGCAGCAGGACAAGGAUUUGGACAAGAGUGGCUUUGAUAUUGGGUCCGUAAAGGACAAGCUGAAAGAGAAACCCAAGCAGAAGGACUUCCUCCGCAUCAAAUUAAAGAAGAAGAAGAAGAAAAAGAAGGCCAAGUCAGACUACACAGGUAGUGAGGAGAAUAUUGACAUCUCAGUAUUGGGUCUUCAGUCCAAAUUGAAUUUUCCACUCAAAAACCCCCCCUCACACAAUCACAAGCCCGAGGCCUACCCCAGCAGGCCUGGAUACAGCUACACAGAACAGAUACAUGUGGAUGAUGAGGAUAGCAUCAGUGACUGGUCCACUGACAGCUGCGGCUGGAGUGACGAUGACUUUGGGCUGGAUUUAGACGUCACCACUCCUCCUCUGAGCGUGGACUCGGGUGCUGUGGACACCAGUGACCAGGAGAUCGUGCGAUGUAUCUGUGAGGUGGAAGAGGAGAAUGACUUCAUGAUCCAGUGUGAAGAUUGUUUGUGCUGGCAGCAUGGCACCUGCAUGGGGCUGCUCGAGGAAAAUGUUCCUGACAGAUACACCUGCUACAUCUGCAGAGACCCACCAGGUAAAAGGCAGAGUCUGCGCUACUGGUAUGAUCGCGAGUGGUUGAGCAACGGGCACAUGUAUGGCCUGUCCUUCCUGGAGGAGAACUACUCUCACCAAAAUGCAAAGAAAAUCACCACCACCCACCAGCUGCUGGGAGACGUGCACCAUGUCGUUGAGAUCCUCAACGGACUGCAGCUCAAGAUGAACGUCUUGCAGAGUAACACUCACCCCGACCUGCAGCUAUGGCGGCAGCCAUGGAAACAGUUGGAGAGGUCACGGACUGGCUUUGACUCAUGUCGCAGCAGUGACGCCACACCGUCUCCUGUGACUCCGGAUGAGGACAUGAGCCGAGGAGAGAUUUUAAUGUCAAACGCCCUGGAGAAGCUAAGCCGAGCUGCCACGGCUGCUACCUCCUCUUCGUCCUGCUACUCCUCCCCCUUCCCAUCCUUCCAGGACUCGUACAUUACCAGUGAACACUGCUACCAGAAGCCGCGGGCGUACUACCCAGCAGUAGAGCAGAGGUUGGUGGUGGAGACCCGACAGGGCUCGGAGCUGGAGGACAGCAUGAGGAGCACAGAGGAGCUCCUGGAGCGGGAGCAGCGAUACGGAAGCCUGCUGGAGAUGGACAAGCCCAAAUCAACAGGCACCAAUAACAAGGCCUCGUUCGGUGGCUCGUCGUGGUCCCAGGCUGAGAUAAAGGAUGAGGGUGGGAGAGGUCCUGGGGAGGCUGCAGACAACAGCCAACAGCAUCAGCAGUGGCAGAUCAAUCUGCUGGAUCACAUAGAUGCCGUCCAGGAUGAGGUGUCGCACAGGAUGGACUUCAUUGAGAGGGAGCUGGACGUGCUGGAGAGCUGGCUGGACUACACCGGGGAGCUGGAGCCUCCAGAGCCCCUGGCCCGUCUUCCUCAGCUCAAACACCGCAUGAAACGGCUUCUCACACAGCUGGACAAGGUGCAGCAGAUAUCCCUGUUCAGCACCACAUGAGGGCGCCAGAGAACAGCAGCGGCCUUGGUCACCACAAGCAAUGCAGAAACAAUGCAGCGGAGGAGGCUCACAGGACUCUCUAUGGCUGCAGAGAUGAUAUUAAUGCAAGUGCAAGGCUCAGAUUGUCCGCCACGGUCUCUCUGACCUGAUUUCUGCUGCUGUUGCUCUCCUUUUUAAAAAAAGCGUCUAUGUGGUGGCAUCCGAUGCCGCAACCCGCCAGUGUUUCAUAUGAAUAUUUAUAUGAACAUGGAUGGAACGCUGGCAUCAUAAAUCAGGAUUUAACACAAUGAGUAACCUCGUAAAUGCAGGAGAAAAUCCUUAGGACCACAUUACACUUCUAUGGUUCCCAUGCAACUUUAAACCUUCUGAAUGCCUUUUUGUCUGAUCCUCCAGCUUAAAGUUGCCCCGUCUUUCUCAGUACUCAGUGCUUUACAUGCAGAAGCUUUAUAUUCAAAAUUGCAAUCGGGUUCCUGAACGAACCGACACGGGCCUCCUUGCAAGUGAUUCUUUUUCAACACCUUUUCAAAUCGUCACUGUUUUUGCAUUUAUCGUGCAUUUAUCCAUCGUGCAGUUUUGAUCACCUGUCAUGUCAUGAUAUGUUCAACCUUUUUGCUCCGAGUGUGGACAGGUAGUAACUUGAAGACAUCCAGUAUGUAUCAACGCUGCACACGCAGUUACUACAAAUAAUUUAUCCUGUGUUUGACCUACUUGAGAGUUUGUUUUACACUGCACUGUGAAGUUAUUUUUGUCUGGAAUCAAAGGCAUCUUAUUUUCAGCUUUAGAGACGUGUGAUUUUCUGUUUUCAUCCUAGAAUGUAAUUCUUUUUUCCUAACAGUCCUCUCAUCAGUUAAUCUUUGUGUUCGUCAAUGACCUGUAACCUUAUUUGAGUUCACUCUUUGCAUCGUUGUUGCUGUGGCACUUGACCCAUGAUUCACUGAAAACUGUAAUGUAGGCUUGUCUCUUCUUAUCCUAGCAUCUUGUGCUUUGUCAAUGACAAAUACUACUUAAACGACAUGUACAAUUCUUUUUUUCUGUUCCAUUUCAUCGGUUUAUCUGACGGUAUUUCAGCUGUUUGUAAAUAUGUUAUUCGAAAAUGUGCUCUUCUUUCUUGAAAACAUUCUCCAAAUACAGAUAUUGUAUGCUACUGUACUGUAAGUGUCUGGCGUAGAAGCAGGGAAAAUGUCCAAAACAAUGCAAACAGAUUUGCUGGUACAUAAAUAAACUAUCCUUGUUAUUAAUCAC